CACUGCAGACAUAAAACUGGUUUUGGCUUAGCCCGCCAAGGGGCCAAAGACGUGAGCGCCCUGGCGCCGAGCGGAGAAGUGCGGGGCCCCGGCCCCAGGGCUCCUGUGAACCGGCUUCUGCUGCCUCUCCUGUUGCUCUUGCUGCCGCUGCCGGCCGGCGCCUGGUACAAGCACGUGGCGAGUCCCCGCUAUCACACCGUGGGUCGUGCCUCGGGUCUGCUUAUGGGGCUUCGCCGCUCGCCCUACUUGUGGCGCCGCACCCUAGGCGAGGCGGCUGGACCGCGUCCCCAGGAUACUCUGGUCGCAGGACCGGUCUCCGGUAGCACUCUCCGGCUUCCUUCGCCGGGGCAGGAGCUUUGGGAGGUGCGAAGCAGGAGGAGCUCAGGAGCAGGGCUUCCCCGGGGUCCGCGAGACCUGGAGCGCACCCGCCAACCGGAGCAGUCGCAAAGCCUCCGUUCCUGGAUCUCAGAGGAGUCUGCCAGAGCCUUCGGAGAGACGCUUCACGCCCAGCCAUGGUUCCUGCAGCAAAUCGUCAUUGCCGACCCUGUCAGGCUGGAGGACCGGUCCAAGAACCUGUGGCGCUCCGAUGCCUGACCUAGGCAGGAGCACAGCUUGUAGCUGCAGCCAGGCUUCCUGGUCUGUCAAUAAAACCAGCCUGAUUCCUGCGCCCCCGC